UGUAGAUAUGCUCGUAUUUGCGCUGCUAAUCUAUAUCGUCUGCAGAACAGCAUGGCACUCAAUGAUACCACUGGUGGCUCCAGUCAUUCUUUCACCUGAGCACUCGAUCAGAUUGUCCGCAGUUGGAUUUAAACGAGCUUUGCAAAGGCACUCAUUCAAAGGUUUAAUGCGUAAAAUGCCACCUUUACAAGUAAUGCCACCAAGGAAUAUAACCUCUAAAGUGCCAACAGAAGAAAUAAAACUAAAGGAAGAAACAUUAAAAGAAAUAAAAGAGGAAGGAGAGUCAUUAAGAGAAAUGAACAAAAGUGAUAGAAGUAGCAGAAGAAGUGAAAAAAGAAAAAGAGCCAUUAGUAGAAAAAAAAAAGGAAGAAAAUUCGCUUACAAGAACAAAAGCGGUGCCGCCAGCAAAAAUGUCAUGGCGCUGAUAGCGUUAAAACGAGGCCCACAAGCAGAAAAACCACUACGGAGAGAACCACCAGGAGAAAUGGCAGGUGAAGGAGAACCACCAGAAGAAGGGCCAGGAGAAAAAUCACCAGGGGGAGAACCAAAAGGAGAAAUGCCCGUGGAGGGAGAACCACCAAGAGAAAUGCCAGUAGAAGGAGAACCAUCAGAAAAAGGGCCGGUGGAAGGAGAACCACCAGAAAAAGGGCCAGAAAAAGAAGAACCACCAGGGGAAGGACCACCAGGAGAAUUGGCACUGGAAGGAGAAGGAUCAGGAGGAGGACCACAAGGAGAAGAAUCACCAGGGGAAGGACCACCAGGAGAAAUGCCAGUGGAAGGAGAAGACACGGGAGGAGAAGCACAAGGAGAAGAAUCACCAGGGGAA